AUGGGGCAAACUGCACUUUUUGCUCAUGAAUCGCGGAAAGCCCGUAUCGCGAGAGUACUAGAACAUUUUUAUGUUAUAUCUGCUGACGAGAAACAUGACCAGCAUUUUACCCAUAAAGUUCAAGAGGAAAUAUCAUUAUAUCUGCAAUCAAUAGGCUACAAUAUUGACGUAAUGCAUGAAUUCUGUGACGGCUGUUCUGUUCAGUAUAAAAGCAGGAACUGCUACGGUGAUAUUGCCUUUUCCGUAGGAUCAUUCAACUACAAGACAUUAAUAAGAAACUUUUUUGAAACAAGUCACGCAAAAGGCCCUCAAGAUGCAGCAGGAGGGCUGUUGAAGCGUCAAGCAGAUUUAGCAAUCUUGAGGGGUGCAGUUGUUAUCCAGAGUGCCAAAGAUUUGUUUCAAUUUGCCCAAAAUAAUUUGACGGAGACAAAAUCCGAUAAAUGUCAACGGCGGAUAUUUAGAUACUGUGAAAGCAUCGACAGAUCUACUGCACGUCUAUAUAAACCCAUUCCCGGUAUUAGGUCAACCCAUCAAGUCAUAACACAUGCAAACACUAAACACAGCAAAUUACAAAUCAGAUGUCUAUCCUGCUACGAGUGUACGAAUUGUAUCAUGGGAAAAAUAAGCCGGUGUAAAAACAUGCACAUUACUGGACAGACUACUUUUCUUCAGCCUGAAGCAGACGGCACUUUAAAUGGUAAUACGUCGCUUGUAGCUGAAGAACCGUCUACGGUGGAACUUAUUCAGGAGGGAAUAAUAAUAUCUGUCAUAUUUGGGCGCGUUCGGGAAUUCCGGGAAAUAAAAUUUUUCCGUACCAGAGGUGGAAUGAUCUUUGCUGCACUGUGCGAUGACGAAGACUAUGAUUAUUACCUCGUGAGAGCAGAUACAUCUGCUUUUGUGCUCGGAAAACGUACCACUGAUGAAUGGGGAACAACAUGGCCACAAGGAACGCCUGUAAUACGAGGGCAUUACUAUAUAAAGUCUGGAAAUAAUCCCCUGCUCAAUACCUUGCUAUGCAAACACUAUGCAUUAAUUCCAGCAGUUUCAGUUUUGUACAUAAUUGAAGGGGGGAAGAAUAAAAAUAAACUAAAAUUGAAUGAAAAUGACCAUCUUUCAAUUUUGAAAGUUUUGGAGGAACGGGAUGCUACAAUAUAAACAAUGUAAAUGCAUAUAAAUCCACUCUUAAUGUUUUAUACGAAGCUAAAAUUGUUGUUGUUGUGGCAUGUAUUUAAUAUGAUGUUAUAUAAAUACAUAUA